CUUAAACAGAUAAGAUCACAAAAACCAAUUAGAGACAGAGAGAUAGAAGAACGCCUUGGCAAUGGCAUCUACAGCUUUGACUGUAUCAUGGAGUUCUUCGUGGCUAAAUAGCUUGGGCGGAAACUUGAGUGAAGCCACUAAACUACCAGCUAGAAGAACAGCCUUGGUGGUUUUCGCUCAGAAGAAAGCCACGAAGACCCGAAAGAUAAUUUUGAAGGAGGACGUGGCAUACCUGGGAAAGAUGGGGGAGAUGCUUGACGUGAAGGCCGGGUAUUACAGAAAUUAUCUGCUGCCCUUGGGCAAGGCCCAAAUUGUCACUCCCGCAGUGCUCAAGGAAAUGCGAAUGGAACAGGAGAGAAUUGAGGCUGAGAAAAAACGGGCAAAAGAUGAGGCACAGCAACUCGCUCUGAGCUUUGAAACUGUUGGAGCUUUUAAGGUGAGGCGCAAAGGUGGGAAGGGGAAACAAAUUUUUGGAAGUGUUACUGCUCAAGAUCUUGUUGACAUAAUUAAGGCACAACUUCAGAGGGAUGUGGACAAGCGAAAUGUUUCUCUUCCGGAAAUCCGGGAAACGGGAGAGUAUAUUGCAGAGCUGAGGCUUCACCCAGAAGUUAUUGCUCGAGUGAGGUUAAAUGUGUAUGCUAACUAAGGACAGGUAUCUUUUGGUGCCCAAACUCUGGAUGGAACGUGUGCUAGCAGCUUGCACAUCUAAGGUAAAUAGGCAUCUACAUAUCUGAAAGCCAUGAGAUAAUGGGAGCCUUCCCAAUUACCAGAUAACCAAUCAUUCAGAAUUCUUGGUUUUACAUUAUGGUGCAAAUUUUCUGCAAAUUGACUUGGCUUACUGCUUUCUCUUCUUUCAUGUUUUGAAGAAGUUGAUUAACAUAUUGUAUGAUUCUUCAUACUCUGCAAA